AUGAUGAUGGGAGAUACGAUGAGAACAAUUGGUUCGAGCAUGGCAAGUUUGUUCUUCUUUUGGGCAACUUUUCAACAGAUCUUCCCUGAUCACCUCAAGAUCGCAAUCAAAGAGUUUCUUUUGUCUACAAUCCAGCAACUCUCUAUUGUCCAAAGAUUCUCCGACCGGAUUAUCAACUUCUUCUCUCCUUACAUUGUAAUCAAUUUCCCAGAGUACGAAGAGUACCGUUUUAAUCACGCUUUCGCAGCCAUCGAGACUUACCUUGGGGCCAAAGCAACCGAUAAAGCACAAAAGCUUAGGGCAAGUCAGGUUAAAGAGAGCAAAGGACUAGUCUUGAAACGUGACGAGACUAAAGUUAGAGAUGUAUACGAAGGACUUAACGUCUGGUGGGAGCUUGUGACUGGUACUGAUGGAGACAGAACUCAUAGACUCACUUUCCAUAGACGUGGAUUGGAGAUUGUAACAGGAUCAUACAUUAAGUAUGUGGUUGAAGAAGGUAAAUCGAUCGAGGCAAGGAACAAGAAGAUGAAGCUGUACACGAAUAACCCUAGUUCAGAUUGGGGCUCUAGCAAGAAGAGCAUGUGGAGGCACAUUGAUUUUAAGCACCCGGCGAGUUUUCAGACAUUGGCUAUGGAAUCUAAGAAGAAAGAAGAAAUCUUGAAUGAUCUCGAGGCGUUUAGCAAUGGGAAAGAGUAUUACAAGAAGAUUGGGAAAGCUUGGAAAAGGGGUUACCUAUUGCAUGGACCACCAGGGACAGGUAAAUCAACGAUGAUUGCAGCUAUGGCGAAUCAUUUGAACUAUAGUAUCUAUGAUCUUGAACUCACGGCUAUACAGAACAACUCGGAGUUGAGGAAACUCUUGACCGCGACAUCGAGCAAGUCGAUUAUUGUGAUUGGAGACAUCGAUUGUUCUGUAGACCUAACGGGCAAGAGAAGCAAGAGAGACAGUGACUUGUUCAGCAAGAACGAUGGAGAAAAGGGCAAAGAAGAACAAAACCAGAGUAGUAGAGUCACACUCUCUGGUCUUUUGAAUUUUAUAGAUGGGAUAUGGUCGGCUUGUGGACAAGAGAGGAUCAUCGUUUUCACUACGAAUCAUAUGGAGAAGUUAGACCCGGCUUUGAUCAGGAGAGGAAGAAUGGAUAUGCACAUUGAGUUGUCUUAUUGUAGUUUCGAAGGGUUUAAGGUUCUUGCCAAGAACUACUUGGAUCUUGAUUCACAUCCUCUGUUCGUCAAAAUCGAGUCUUUCCUUAAGGAAAUAAACGUUUCUCCGGCCGACGUGGCGGAGGAAUUAAUGGCCAAGAAUCAUAAGAUAGACGUCGACGGAUCCUUGAAAGACUUGGUACAGAGUUUGGAGAGGAGAAAGAAGAACCAGAGAGGUAACAGUCAUGAUCAAAAGAAGAAAUAUAGUGACAGGAAACUCGGAAUAUUCAAUUGGGCCUCAAAACAAUUAAUGGGCCGUCAUUAGGAAAUUCAUA